AUAGUUGAUUUCGUACGUCGGCGUGGUCGUUUGGCGCCAGCAUUUCGCGGGGAGCAAUAAUAGAGACGCAGAAGAAGCAGCAUAAAACAAUAGGUAAACAGCAGAUUCUCAGCAUAUUAUUACCAGGCAAAGUUUGGCGUUAGCAUUGUGUGCUGCUUGCGUGGAUGUUAACUAUUUCAGCUCUCUGUGUUCCGCCCAAAAAAUAACGAGGCUGCGCGUGGGGAGAAUGAUGGCCACGGCAGCGCCAGAAAGCGGCUCCAGCCUCUUGCCCUUACUGGAGUCCCUAGAGGACAGCACCGCGGGACAGCCAGAGCAAACCGAUGUCUACCUCACCAUAGCCAGCCGUCUCAGCGGAGAGGAAGGAAGGCAGUUUCUCCCUGCAGUCGAGAAGCACUUUUCCCGCCUGGGCAAGGCCAUCUUGACCCACAUCACUGGGCCUAACCCUGAGCUCAGCCAGGCAGCCUUGCAAGCCCUGGGCUUCUGUGUGUACCACGCACAUGUUGUCUCGGGGGUUUCUGAAAACUUUGCUUCAGAGAUAUUAUCAGCGCUUUGUUCCCUGGUUGUGUCCUCGACGGAUAAAAACUCCUGCACCCGGGCAUUAUGGGUAAUCUCCAAGCAGAGCUUUCCCUCCGAGGUCGUGGCCAAGAAAGUGGACCCCCUCCUGGAGAUGCUCGAGCGUGUGAUGAGCCGACGGGACAUCCAGUCGCUGGUGAUGGAGCACGAAGCCUUGAAUGUGGUGAUCAGGUUGCUGGAGCAGGCCCCUGUCCAGAUGGGCGUGGCGGCGGUGCGCUGGUCCAAGCUGGUCAUCCCCAUGGUGGUCCACUCGGCCUCCAAGGUGCGUCUCCGGGCGGCUGCGGCCAUGGAGCUGGGCCUGCCCCUGCUGCUGGAGCGGCAGAACGAGGUGGCCGCCGUCAUCGAGCCUCUGAUGCCUUCGAUACUCGUACCGGAGCUACAGAAACUAUUUGCGUCGAAGAACGAAGUGAACGUGCUCAAACUCUGGCCUCUAUUCGUCAAACUCCUGGGAAAGCACCUCCAUCGAGGAGGCCCCUUCAUCAACUCAUUGCUGCACCUGGAGGAGCUGGGCUUCCGCAGCUCCUCGCCCAACGUCAAGAAGAUCGCCUUCAUCGCCUGGAAGAGCCUCAUCGACAACUUCGCCCUCAACCCCGAGAUCCUUUGCAGUGCCAAGCGCAUGAAGCUCCUCCUGCAGCCGCUGCUCUCCAUCCACGUGCGCACGGAGGCCCUGCAGCUCAGCCGUCUGGAGGUGUGGUGGUACCUGGUGGUGCGACUGGGCCCCAACCUGGGCCCCCACUUUGAGCAGGUGUCCAUUCCUUUACUCCAGUGCACCAUCCGGGCAGACUCCUCCACCUCCACCCUCCAGGCUGGGACCCCAGCGAGAGGCGCGGGGCAGAACAGCACCCUGGCCUCCUCCACUCCAAAGACCGGCAAUCUCACGUGCUUCAACAGCCCGGCCAACACUCCGCGCUUGAACCUCAGCCUCAGCCAGCAGGCCGGCCAAAGCUUCCCCCCCAUCCAGCUGCUGGGCCUGGAGAUGCUGCUGCACUACUUCCUGGGGCCGGAGGUUGUUCCCGCUGCAGCGAGGGUCAACCUUCAGCUGACACUGGAGCCGCUGACGCACUCCUUCCUGUCGGGGGGCUCGACCUUCUCCAAGCACGCCGCCCUGCUUAUCUCCAGCGUGACGGACGGAUUCAUUAGCGUCGGCGCAGACGCCCCAGAUCCCCUCCUGGUCCUCAUCUGGAGGAGCCUGGUCAGUUUGGUCAGCUCCACAGUAGACUCGGGGAGCAGCGGUAAGAAGGAGCGGCAGGGCUCGGAGGUGCUGACCCUGAUGCUGCAGGCCCUGCAGACCAUCGCCGCCUCCGAGGCACUCCCUCCCAGCAAAGUCCUGGUCCUCUUGGAGAUCACGGUGAAAGGCAUACACCCCAGGGUGCUCGGCUCCGCGGCCUACCAAGUGGGGAAGAUGGACGUGCUCAAUGGUACCCCAGCACUCUUCCUCAUCCUCCUCCUCUACAACAGCAACAAGCUGUCGACCUACGCAGAAGACGAGAGGUUCUUCCAGUGUCUGAACACGCUGGUGGGCUGUGGGCUGGCGGGGCCCACGUCGUCCCUGGCGUUCGUCGAGGCGGUGCUGGGGGCCGCGGCCCGCAGGGCCUCCUUCGUGCCCAGCAAGGAGCAUCUGUGGCGGAUGUGGAGCACCGUGGUGACGCCCCUCACGGACGCCAUCACCCAGUCCAACGAGGUGAACCAAGGCGACGCUCUGGAGCACGACUUCAGCGCGGUCCACUCCUCCCUCAUGUUCCCCGUCGGACACCUCCUGCUGGGCGACCCUCUCCCCCAGAUGACCCAGAAGUCCUUGCUGUUGACGUGGUCCAAGCUGUACCGGGUGUUCGCCCGCUGCUCGGCACUGGUGCUCACGGCGGAGGAGAACGUGUCCUGCGAGGAGCUGUGCGUCAGGAUGGGCGCCUUCCUCAACUUAGACACGCUGGCUCGCCCUGCCACACUGGACGCCGUCUCCAGUAUGCUGCAGGUCAUGGUGGAGUGUGUGGACUUCUCUCCGUACACGCCCACGUUUCAGCGGAAGACCAAGUCCCCCUGCACGCCCGUCAACUGGACCCGCAAGAGGAGCCAGGCCCUGGGGAACCUCGCCGCCUUCCAGGCCCUCCUGAUCCAGGCCUUGGAGGCCUUUCUGGUCGCCGCGGGCCCCUCGGAUUCCACCGGGCUGGCGCUGGCCUCCGUCCUGUCCACGCUCUUCAACAGCCUGGCUCAGGCCACGCCCCUCCGGGUGGCGCUGGGCUCCCUGGCUCCGCACCUCGCCGUCCUCUACAGACGGGCCGCUGCCACCACCACCACCACCAGCGAGACCCCCGCCUUCUCCUCCCAGCUGGUGACGAAGCUGGAGAAGCUCCUGGUGGAGCUGCUGGGCCACCUUCAGAGCCGCUCCACGCUGGACUACGACGACCAGCUUCUGCUCUACCUCGCCCCCCUGCUCUGCGUCGCCUUCCCGCACAAGAACAAGGCCCUGCGCACGCAGGCAACGCACUUCUGGAACGCCACCUUCGCCAAGGCGUCAAGCCUCGCCUACCCUGAGGAGCUGAAGCCGGUCCUGAGCCAGGUGAAGAGGAAGACCCCCAUCAUCCUGCCGGGCUUUGAGGCCGUCGCGGUGUCUGACGAGCACAGCGGACCGUAUUCGAGCGACUGUUCGCAGUUGGACACCAAGCUGAGCGGUGUGCAGAUGCCGUCUGCGGGGAAGAGGGACUCCUUGCUGGGCAGGGCUGCGGAGCUGAAGGACCAGAGCGCCAAGUCCCUCGCCAAACCCGUCUCUACCAAGCUGGACUUCGGCUCUCCCAAGCCCCCCCCCAGGGGGGUGCUGGAGGAGGAAGCCUCCAUCGACUUUGUGUUCAUUCCCCCCGAGAACAAGGAGCGCGUGCUGACGGAGCACCAGAAGGAGGUCAAGAGGACCAAAAGGGGGGACCUCCCUGCCAUGUACAACAACCUGGACGCUUCCCUGGACACCACGGCCUUCACCCAGUACACCCAGAGCCAAGAGGAUUCCACAGAGAAGUUAAUUGCGGAACAACCCAAAAGUGCAGAGUCCCCUGUCAAGGUUGAUGAAAUGGAAGUCAAGGGUGAAUCGGACCUUCUAUACAAGGACACUGAGGACUACACCAGUCCGGGCGCCGCAAAAAACAAGGACCCUGCAGUGGUCGAGCAGGAGGGGGGGGUGAUCCCCGACUCGGCCGACGUGUCCAUGCAGGACGCCCAAGAAAACCCGGAGCCCAACGAGGGCGCCAGCGCUGACGUCUCCGGCUCCUCGGACCUGGUCUCUGGCACCCCUCCGAAGCCCAACAGCAGGAGGCAGUCCUUCAUCACCCUGGAGAAAUAUGUGGAAGGCCAGGCCGCCAGCCCCAUCCAGGUGACCAAGUUCACGGGGCGCCUCACACGCCCCGCCAAAGACAAAGCGAGCCCCGCCCAGGCGGAGAUCUCCUCACCGAGCAGGGAUGAGCCGAUGGCGUCGGAGAUCUCCUCACCGAGCGGGGAUGAGCCAAAGCUGUCGGAGAUCUACUCACCGAGCAGGGAUGAUCCGAUGUUGUCGGAGACAUCCUCACCGAGCGGGGUUGAGCCGUUGGUGUCGGAGACAUCCGCACCGAGCGGGGUUGAGCCGAUGGUGUCGGAGACAUCCUCACCGAGCGGGGAUGAGCCCAAGCUGUCGGAGACACUCCGGCCCGCAGAGUCUAGCUCGCCACCGGACAGCACUGACUCGGACCAAACGAGCAGCGAGCUGGAGGAAAACCCUGCCAAGAGGCAUUCCAGUGGCGGAACAGAAGACGAGGACGAUGUUAUCCCUGACACACAGGCUACUUCCGGGGACGAGAGCGCAACCGGAAGGACUAAGGAAGAAUCGGAUGGUGGUGCAGCUCCAGAGGAGCAGGAAUCGAAUGGAACCAAUCAAGAGACUGUAGAGUCUGAUGGAUCUCAGGAAGAUGCCAACAAUUCCCAAUCCAUCUCUGCAGAUGCAUCCAGGCGGUCUGGGCGCAUCAGGGUGCGGCCUCGGUUGCCAGGACAAUGCUCAGAGGAUGAGGAGGAGGAGGAGAAGAAAAAGAAGAAGAAGAAGGAUAAAAACUCCCUGGAUUACAAGGGCAGGACUGGUUCUGUCACCGCAAAUAAGGCGGAUGACCUGUCGCCACAAAGCAGGUCUGUCAGGCGGGGGAGACUGGCCACAUCCGAGGCAAACCAAAGCGAAGAAAGGCUGAGGAAGAGUCCUCGGAUUGACAAGAAAAAGUUGUCGCAAUCCGAUGCCAGGGGUUCCCGUAAGACGGCGUUGUACAGCCAGUCAUCAUAUCUGCUCGGCUCGGAGGAGGAGAAGCCCCGGAGGAGAAGUGCCAGAGGAGGCGAGCACAGCCAAACGGACUCUCAGCCAGAAAUAAACACUGAUUCAGACAGCCAGUCCCAGGCAAGGCGGAGUCUACGGAAGAAGGCAGCUGCCACAGAGACUGAAAAGCCUGCGACGGCCAAGCAGCAGGCUAAAGGCUCGGCGGCGGAGAAACCACCCGUACACCCUAGGCUUAGUGCUCCCAAAAAACACGAGCCGCCGCCACCACCAACGGGCUCUCCAGCGCCCCCACACUCUCAGAAUGAAAGCCAGUCCCAGGAAAUGCCAGACGCAAAGACUACGGUUAUCAGUAACUCUGAGGAGUUUGAGCCUGAGAGACAUGCUGGGAAGGUUGAGGCCAUGGCCUCCCUGAGCGCCCCCGUGACGCCUGCACCCGUGAAGCCUGCACCCGAGAAUCCUGCCUCUCAAGUGCCUGCAUCUCAAGUGCCUGCAUCUCAAGUGCCUGCAUCUCAAGUGCCUGCAUCUCAAGUGCCUGCAUCUCAAGUGCCUGCAUCUCAAGUGCCUGCAUCUCAAGUGCCUGCAUCUCAAGUGCCUGCACCCGAGGCGGCUGCACCCGACGAGGCUGCACCCGACGAGGCUGCACCCGACGAGGCUACACCCGACGAGGCUUCAGCUGAGGCGCCUGCUGCACCCGAGACUUCUACAUGCAAGGUAGUUACACCUGAAACUAUUGUAUCCGAGGAGGCUACACCCGAGACUUCUGCACCCGAGACUUCUGCACCCGAGACUUCUGCACCCGAGACUGCUGCACCCGAGACUGCUGCACCCGAGACUGCUGCACCCGAGACUGCUGCACCCGAGACUGCUGCACCCGAGACUGCUGCACCCGAGACUGCUGCACCCGAGACUGCUGCACCCGAGACUGCUGCACCCGAGACUGCUGCACCCGAGACUGCUGCACCCGAGACUACUGCACCCGAGACUACUGCACCCGAGACUUCUGUACCCAAGGACGCCACACCUGAGGCUACAUCUGAGGCACCCGCUGCACCCGAGGAGGCUACAACCGUGGCGCCUGCUGCAUCCCAGGCGCCUGCUGCGCCCGAGACUGCUGCACUGCCCUCCCAGACGGACCGCCAGCCCAAACCACGUCGCAGUGAACUUAGCUUGUUAGUAGAGGGCUUGAGUGGGUCAUCGACUGAUGAGGACAAGAGAAGGGCCGGUGCAGCCAACUCAAUCAGCCAGGAAGACUCUCAAGCGCUCACUCUGUCUUCCUCCGGCAGCCAGCUGCAGAACAGACUCAGGCGAAGGGGCAAGGCCUCCGCACAGUCACUUGAGGCUGCUGAGAAAAGCCAAAAUUUAACCGAAAGCGAACUGGAUGCCGAGGCUCAGGCGUCCCCUUCUGCUGUCAGGACCAGAAGCAGCUUGCCGCCUGGGGAGCAGGUUUCCCAAACCAUCUUCUCCUCCCUGGAUAAGGCUGCCUUGGCAGCCCGUAAACCAAACUCAGGCCGGGGCAAAUAUCCAAGACGGAGUUCAUCCCAAGCCCUCCUGGCCAACAAUGAGAACUCGGAGUCAGAAUCCUCCGAGACUAGAGAGUCUCCUCCCUCGAAAAAGAAAAUCAGAUAUCAUAAGGCCCCUCUGGUGCCAAGCCCUUUAACUGUACAGAGCGCAGCCAUGGACGAUGCCUCUGAAACCUCUCAAAGUGAUCCCUCACAGGGCACACCCACAAUAAGCCCCUCUAAAACCAAAUCUCUGUUGCUAUCGCAGAAGGAGGCAUUAAUCUCACUUUCAAGGGUGCCAUUGGUUUUCACGGAACUCGAGCAGCAAUGUGAGGUGGGGGUUAUCCCGAUUGUAGCCCUGGAGCAAGUCCCAGAGAAAGCGGGAACCGAGAACACAAAUCCCAUUGCUCCCAACACAGACUUGAAGUGCAAGUUGUCACUAAUUGCUCCAUCUCAAGAAGACUGCGAGCAGAGGCUUUCUCAAGCAAAGCUGGACCCCUCGGACCAGGUUCCUCUGGACUGCGAGUCCAAUGAUACAAUAACAGAAAGUUCUCAGGAGUUUCUUCUACCCCCUGUUUCCGCUGGGCCCACCUCGGCCACAAACGGCAGCUCGAAUGAGGACGAGGAUGACGGUGACGACGAGGUGUUCACCGACGCUACAGAUCUGUCGUCUGCUCCUGCAGACCAUCGUUCCACGCCGGCGGCGUCCGGCAAGGCCACUGCGAACCAGAGCUCGUCGGCCUCUGGCUCCUCAGAGGAGAAGGUUCAACAUGUGGCUCAACCGGCGCAAGAGGAGGUCAUUGCGGAAGUACCACAGGCGAACUCUUCGGAACCAUCCGGAGUACCGGCAGACGGCAAAGGUGGCGAGGACGCCGCUUCCACCCCGGCUAAACGGGACGAGGGCGCACCUCAAAAGGCCCUAGAUAUACUUGUAGUCGAACAGGAGGUGGGCCAGAUCAGCUCACGGGAAGACCCAGCGGGGUUGGCUGAAGCCACGACGAGUGUCCAGGAUGAAGUCAGGGCAGCACAAGCUAUUCCAUGUCCUCAAGUAGCGGAGGAGGAACCAAGCACAUCCUCCCUGUGGAACGCGACACACGCCGCCAAAGAGGACAAUCACUCUUCUCCUGCAAAGCGCUUGACCCCCGAGGUUGGGUUGGGGCUGGAGGUUGCUCAGAGCCCCAGUGGCAGGACCAGGGGGACCUGGUCGCCCUCGGCCUCCCCGUCCUCCAGUAUCCUCAAGAAGGCCCAGAAGAGGGCGCUGGAAGAGGACGCCGCCAUCUCGCCUCUGGUCAAGUCCAGGCGCGUGUCAUUCGCCAACCCCAUCCAGCACCAGGAACUGGCCGACGACAUCGACCGACGCAGUCCCGUCGUCAGGACCAGCUCGCCCAAACGGUUCAAAUCCAACAGCGCCAUCCCGCAGUCUAAGUACGUCACCACGCCAACCAAGGGACUGCUGGUCCUUAGUCCGAGGAACCUCCAUAGCUCCGGGUACAAGAGCUCCAAGAAAUGUCUGAUGUCUGAGAUGAGCCAGGAGCCUAGGGCCAUUCCCAAGGACUGUGUCUUCCCUUCACUGGUUUGCUGCUCUGCACCCAUAGAGGCUGUGCUUCCUCUGAUUUCCACCAACAUGUGGCCCCGUGGGUUUGGUCAGCUGGUGAGGGCCAAGAACAUCCGGACGGUGGGGGACCUGAGUUCACUCAAGCCCCUCGACAUCAAGACUCUGCCCAUUCGCUCGCCGAAGAUCACCAACGUCAAGAAGGCUCUUCAGCUUUAUGAGGCACAGCGCAAGAUGCGAGGAUUUGGGGAUGAGUUGAAGAGCUUCGAGGAGAUGGAGAAGAUGAUGUCCUCCUCUGAACCGGAGGAGACCAACACUUCACUCAACCAGGAGGAGGAUGGCAAGACCCCUCACGAGACCCUCGCCACAGAGUUGGUGGACGAAGACCAGCCUGCGGACCAAGAGAGCGUCCUUGUGGAGACGUCGACCCACGACGUGGAGACGGCGACCAACAAGGUGGAGGCAAAGAAGGAGCCUGUGGAGGAGCUGGAAGAGUCUAAGGUGGUGGAGGUGGAGGAGGCCCGUCGGACCCUGCCGCAGUCCCCCAUCAGGCACCUCUCCCCCGGGGGGCUUCUCUGCCAGGCGGACGCCCUGAGCUCCAGGGCCAGCAUGGAGGAGCUGGGUCUCUGCACGGCGGAGCAGCUGGUGAGGCUGCACGACGCCCUGGGCGGCGUGAUGCGCAGCGUGGUGCUGGAGCUCCAGAGCCGCCUGGGUCACAUGGACGGCAUGCGCCGAUAGGCCGGCAGCGACAGUACACGGAAAGACAACCCCCCCCCCCCUCAUGACAUUACUGCUGGGUCUACUCAGGCUGGGUCUACUCAGGCUGGGUCUACUCAGGCUGGGUCUACUCAGGCUGGGUCUACUCAGGCUGGGUCUACUCAGGCUGGGUCCUUCUCAAGCUGGGUCCUUCUCAAGCUGGGUCCUUCUCAAGCUGGGUCCUUCUCAAGCUGGGUCCUUCUCAAGCUGGGUCCUUCUCAGGCUGGGUCCGUCUCAGGCUGGGUCCGUCUCAAGCUGGGUCCGUCUCCAGCUGGGUCCGUCUCCAGCUGGGUCCGUC